GACAACCGUAAAUGGCCAUUGUCAACAUGCCUAGGUUAACCUAAAGCUUUUAUUACAUUAGUGGGGUUUCCUGCUCAGUGGGGUACAAAGUUCAGGGUCUUUUCAAUUACGAAGUACAUGCAUGCAUCUUACAUAUACAUGUCUCUUGUACAUGCAUGUGCUCAAGAGGCAGAGAAUUCAGAUACUCCUCAACCUACUACCUUUACUACCUUCUGCAUGUGUAUACCUACACGUAUAUCUAGUUGUCAGAUUAACGAUAUCCCACUCACCAUGCAUGUAUGUAAGUACUCCUUUUGGUCAUGGGGUAACUCAAAAUGCAAGUAGCCAAAGCUUUUCUGUUGGUAAGAGGUGGGCAACUAGUACGAAGGACUCUCUCAUAUAUAUUCCUCUAUGGUCUACCGUUACUUUCCCCCCCUUUCUCCUUUUCUGUUCCUUAUACCAUAUACUCUUACCAAUUGCUGUAAUUCGAUUCAACAUAUCGAAGGAAUUUCAACAUCCCGCUCUCAUUACUUAAGCAAUGAGAGAGUAUCAUGGCUUCUCUUGGUGGUAACAUCUUACCCCCUGAUCCGCAUACAAAAAUAUAUCUUGCUGGAGUAGCAGUUGUCCUAUUGGUAGGCGUAUGCUACUCUACAAUGCUUGCGAGGAAAGCAAAAGACAGCGAGAACCCUGGUCUCGUACAGUCGUUGUGGCUUUUCUUCUACACAUGCUUCCUCAAACCGCAUGAUGGCGACAACAAUGGCAACCAGCAGGAUGCCCU